AUGGUUCGAUUCUGGUGGAUUUGGAGAGUAAUUCAACAAAUUACAAAUCAGAGAUGAGAUCAAGCAAAAACUUUGGAAUCAGAAAGAGAGAAGCAGUGAAUUUGCUUAAAUCUGUGGUAGAAGGCCAAUGCCCGCAACAAGUAUCGUGUGCUGACAUUCUCAUUUUGGCUGCCCGUGAAGCUAUUUCUCUUUCUGGCGGUCCUAGAAUUGAUGUUCCUUUGGGCCGCAGAGAUUCUUCCAAACCACCAAAUUCAUCCUUAGCAGAUUCCUCACUUCCUCCCCCAAACAUGGGAGUCGAUGACAUGCUUCAUCUUUUUGCCCAAAAAGGCCUCUCCAUUGAAGAAUCUGUUGCCAUCAAUGCGGCGCACACACUAGGAGUAACACACUGCAUCAACAUCGAAAACAGGCUAUAUGAUACCCCAAAAAGUGAUCAUGCAAAUGAACAUGGAUUUGUGAUGUUCUUGAAAUUAAGUUGUCCACAAGGCUCUUUAACCUCAAACAUUAGCUUUGUGCUAAAUGAACCUACACCACUCACCUUUGACAAUAAGUACUUCAUCAAUGCCAUCAAUGGCCGUGGAGUUCUGAGGAUCGACGCUGAAAUCCCAUUCCAUCCUCGUACGGCUCCAUUUGUACAACACUUUGCAGCUGAUCAAGAUGCCUUUUUUUAGGCUUUCUCUUCUGCUUUUGUCAAGCUUUCUACUUCAGGGGUUCUCACUGGUUCUCAAGGUAUGCUUAGAAGAAGUUGUAAUGCAUUGAGUUAACAAAACAUUAAUUUGUUAUAUAAUCUAUAUUACUAAUAUAUUUAGAACAAUAA